AUGGUUCGACACAAGAAAGAUAACUUCGGCAAACGAGGAAGAGGAGGCAACUAUUCAUCGCAACCCCGCCAACGAUUUCGGGACUCCUCUGUCGACGGCGACCCCGACGCGCCCAAGAAAUUCCCCUUUAAAGCUGCCUGUUGGGACCUGGGUCAUUGUGACCCUAAGCGAUGCUCCGGCAAAAAGCUGAUGCAACAUGGUGUUAUGCGCGAGCUACAGAUCGGACAGAAAUUCGCCGGGGUUGUGAUUUCACCUAAUGCGAAGCGCACGAUCUCCCCGGCUGAUCGCGAGUUGCUGGAACAAUAUGGGGCUGCGGUUGUGGAAUGUUCGUGGGUGAGGACUCAGGAAGUCCCCUGGUCGAAAAUUGGGGGGAAGUGUGAGAGAUUAUUACCUUACCUCGUUGCUGCAAACUCAGUCAAUUACGGACGUCCCUGGCGGCUAAACUGCGCAGAGGCACUAGCGGCUGCCUUCUACAUAUGCGGGCAUGAGGAUUGGGCUGGCGAAGUUCUAAAAAAGUUUUCGUACGGCAGGGCAUUUUUGGAGAUCAAUUCUCAACUUUUGAAACGAUAUGCAGCUUGUAAAACGGAAGAGGAUGUGAAGAAUACGCAGGAAUACUGGUUGGAAAAAAUCGAGAGGGAGUAUUCUGAGAGUCGGAUGGACAAGGGGACCGAUGAUAUGUGGACCGUUGGGAAUACGAACAGACGAAAUAUCCCAGAUUCAGAAGGUGAGGAGGAAGAGGAGGAAAGUGAAGAUGGAGAAGAAUCUGGAGGACAGGAUGACGAGGAAGAUUAUUCAGACAGAGACCUGUAUGCGCUGCCUGAGGAAUCGGAUGAUGAAGAGGAGAUGGCAGAGUUACGCCGGAGAGUACUGAAUUCAAAGCCAUUUACGAAUGUCACAACAGAUGAAACGGAAUCCAAGCCGCAGCUCGAGAAAACUAAGAGGCCAGAAGCACCUAGGAACGGCGCCGCCGGAACAGUUUUGGGUUCUAGACAAGCCAACAUCCUUGAUGAUGACGGCAAUGGCGAUGAUAGUCAAGAUGACAGUGAAGACGCAACCUUUGACAAAAUCAUUAAUGCCACCGUCACUACGGACCGGACGGGAAUCCUUGCGAAACAGCGGGGAUAG